AUGUCCGAUAUCAAAAAGAAUCCACCUCCUUACACCAUUCCAGUCGAACCGUCCGGUGACAAGGUCAAGGUGUACCAUGUGCACACCCCAUUCAACCCUGUCUCGCCAGAGGCCACACCAGCUGUACCAGUGUACACCGGUGGAGGCGGUGGCUUAGGAUCAGGCUUCGACUCUGGCAAAAAGAACGUCACGAGCUAUGAUACGGCGCUGGGUUUUAAUUCCGGCAUGACCACGUGCCCCUCAUGCCAACAGCAGGUCAUGACCAACGUCGCCUACAAACCAGGGAUGUACGCCUGGCUCAUGGUUCUACUCUUCAUCUGCCUCGGGUUGGUGGCGUGCUGCUGCCUGAUCCCCCUGUUUAUUAAGCAGUUUAAGGAUGCGCACCACACAUGCCCUCGCUGCAACAGAUUGUUGCAUGUGGAGAAGAGGAAAUGCUGUAAAUGA